CUCAAGAGAUUUUUUAAUAACCUGCUUUUUCACCUCUUCUGGAUCUCGUGUCAUGACUGUGUUUGCCUCACAUAAUGAGAAACCAACAACUGGGUUUGGGUUGUUUCUUGUGUGUCGCGUGUGUCUGAUGAGGGUGCCUACGGCCAACAGAAGGAAGUGAGGAAAAAUUCUAGGAGGUUGGGAGCUAAGCCAAGUGGAGGGAACAGCCUGACCCCUGGCCUCUGUGCUCUGUUUACCUCUGCCGUGGCGUGGCCUCUGGGACUUGUGGAAGUUGCCAGUGAGGAAUGCAGGGUCCCGGCCGACUGAGCUCAUCGCUGGUUGACUGCCUGCGGCCUGCCCCACUGUUCCUCCCAGCUUGGCCAUGGGACUGGCCAUGAGGUCAUCGGCUAACAAUGCUGUGAAGGGGAGCCAGAUCGGCCUGGCUGCCAGCAUUCCAGAAUUUGGUGAAGUGGAAACCACCAUGGAGCUAAUGUCAUCCUUUCCUGUCCCUAGGGACCACCCACGGGCUGUGUCCCCUUGUGAAGUUCCAGGAAUAAAGGGAACUAAUUACUGGUCCUGCUCGUAAAGUGACAGACACCCACUCAUGAGUCAGCAGCUCCACUCCUGGACAUGCACAGUGGAAUACUAUACAGCAAGGAAAAAGAACAAGGCACACAACAGGGGAAGAACACAGCCAUUCACAGCCAUGGUGUUGAGUGAAAGUCACCAGACAGAAAAGAGGAUGUACUGGCUGGUUCUGUUUACAUCAAGUUAGGAAACGGGCAAAUUCAUCCAUGGUAACAGAGGUGGACACAGCUGUUAUCUGAAGAAAGGAAAUGAGUCCCAUGGAAAGAAGAGGACUGGUCCAGCCUCCCAACCAGCUGCAGUCAGUUGGACAUGAUGGUGACGUGAGCAGAGAGACGUCUCUACUAAGCACCUGCUGAAUGCCCGGGGCAUCACAUCGAGAGCCUCAGCCCUCCACCCCCAUAGCUGGGCGAUAAUCCCACUGACAGAAGCUGAGGCUGAGACCCAGUGGAGCCAGAGGCUUGGUGGGACUCACACAGCUGGAGUCCACCAGGCUGGGAUGAUGUCCCCAUUUCACAGAAGAGGAUACUGAGGCUCAGAGAGGCUCCUGAGGGGGAUUUCCCAGUAUACCUAGGAGCUCCUACCCAUCAGAGAGCACUGCCCUCUGAAAAGCAGCCGAAGACCCCGCCCAGUUGUGGUCCCUGGAGUGUUUACUCUGCACCCACGGUGGGCGGGACCAGGCAGGCGGGGGCGGACAAAGUCCGGGGACUAUAAAGGCUAGUCCAGCAGCGUCCGGUCAGUCCCAGCUUAGAGCUUAACUAACACAGCCAUGCCAGGGCAGAGACCGACAUCACCACACUGCUCUCCGAUGCUGCUGAUGCUGUUCGUGUUCUCCUGGCUGCCGUCGCGAGGCGCCCUAUCUCUGGCCCAGGAGCACCUCCCCACUUUCCCGGGACCCUCAAACGUGCACUCCAGUCCUGAUGUCUCCAGAUUCCGGGAGUUGCGGAAACGCUACGAAGAUUUGCUGACCCGGCUUCGAGCGAACCAGACCCGCAAAGACUCGAACCCGGACCUCAUUCCCCUUCCUCAAGUCCUGGUAGUCACUCCAAAGCUGCGACUUGGACCAGGCGGCCACCUGCACCUGCGCAUCCCCCGGGUCGACUUAACUGAGGGGCUCCCUGCAGCCUCCAGCCUGCAUAGGGCCCUUCUCCGGCUGUCCCCGAAGGCGCGGAGCUCGUGGGACGUGACGCGGCCACUACAGCGUCAGCUCAGCCUUGGAAGCUCCCGGGCUCCCGCAAUACGCCUGCGACCGUUGCGGCGACCGGACCAGUUGCUGGAGGCAUCGUCUUCUGCACAGCCCCAGCUUGAGCUGCACUGGCGGACAAGCGCCACCAGGGGGCGACGCCACGCGCAUGCUCGCACCCGGGACGGUUGCCCGCUAGGGGAGGGGCGCUGCUGUCGCCUGCAGAGCCUGCGCGCGUCGCUCGAGGACCUGGGCUGGGCUGACUGGGUGUUGGCGCCGCGCGAACUGGACGUGCGCAUGUGCACCGGCGCGUGCCCGAGCCACUUCCGAUCGGCUAACACGCACGCGCAGAUGCAAGCGCGCCUGCAUGGCCUGAACCCUGAUGCUGCGCCUGCCCCAUGCUGCGUGCCAGCCAGCUACGAUCCGGUGGUGCUCAUGCACCAAGACAGCGACGGCCGCGUGUCACUCACGCCCUUCGACGACCUCGUGGCCAAGGACUGCCACUGCGUGUGAGCAGCCCUGGUCCUUCACUUAUGGCACAAAUGCAAUGGAAAUGACUUCAGUUGUCCUUGUCUGUCUAAUGGGCUCGUGGAACCUGAAAUACCCGAUUCCUAACCAUUGCUGUCUGCUCCCUCCUGGCC